GUAAUGCAGAAGAUAUUUAAUAUCCAACCUCCUAAGAUAGGCCAGGGAGUUAGUUUUGUGGAAGUAGUAUCUCCUUCUCCGAAAGUUAAAAAGAAGACUGAUUGAGAGGACGAAAAAGCACAGUUUCUGGAUGCUUGUAAUACUCAGAGUUAUCCUUUCCAUAAAAGUGUUACUAAUUGCACAGCUUCUACUGAGAUUCCUGCUUCUUGUCAAAAAUGUGCUGACGAAAGUCCCAAUAGUUAUUACUCGCAAAAUAUAUUCCUGACUAAAGGUGCUCAGUGUAUAAAGGAUACUACCUUCGGGGAUCAUUCUUCAAUCCUUGUAAAUAAACCAAUGGUUUCAACCUUCACUACCAAGAGCUCCUUAAAUACUGGAAGAAAAAGGACAAAGUAAACAGAGCAGUAUUUCCACUUUCUCCCUUCAGUGAUCAUCAAGAUGCUCUCUGAACCUUACCAAGGUGGACAACAAGGACUUAUCAGAGACUAUCUCUAACCGAGAAGAAGAGUUUGUUAAGAAAAAUAAACCGAUUCUGGCUCCGUGCAAGAGUGCUCUUACUUUUAAUGAAGAAUCAAGGACUGACAGCUAUGAUAUAGACUGGCCCAAGAAAUCACAAAUUUUAAAGAAGUGGCCUAAAUAAGUUUAAAAGAUACAUACUGCAAAGGCCGGUUGACUAUAAAUAUAUCAAGAAACAUAAGGAAAUUAAAACCAAAAUCGUCAGAUCAGGGUUGGCUUCUCCUAGAGGCUGCUACUCAAGGAAGAAAGUCUGCCCAACUCCAGAGAAGAGAUUAAUUGAAGAUAAAAUUACACAAUCCGCUCAAAUUCCUAAAAAGACAGUAGAAAAAUAAAAUGUUAGAAUCUUCGUAUAUAUCAGAUAUUGAACUUCAAGGCCAGAAAUGGCUGCAUUUCAACAGGAGGAGAAGUACUCCAAGCUCUUUAGUCCCAGAGGCCAAGAAGCACGACCUCGCAUAUUGAUCUUCCUGUAAAAUCCUCAACCCCAUCCAAAAGCCAGGGGGCAUUCACCUGGAUACUUUUGUUUAUAAACAGUUCAUAGAGUACAAUACUAAAAUCAAGACUCUCGAGGAGAAAAUGAAUGAUAUGAGACUAGAAAACACAGAGUUACACAAAACGGUCAAUUCUCUCCUAAUAAACCACCUAGCGUCCUAGUCCCCUUCUGUUUCCCAUCUCUAAACCUUGUGGCUGCUGGAUGGUUUACCAUUCACCAUAAGCUUGGCUGGAAAGUUCUUCCGAGAAAUACUGAAUCCCCUGUGUAAUUUUCACCGUUCUAGCCUAAACUUUUA